GGUCACACUAAACUAAAAGCAAGCUUCGUUUUUCACGUUUCGAACUAAAAAGAAAAAGACCGAAAAGAACAAGCUGCACGAAUUGAGAAUGAAUACCUUCUCGCCCAAUCAAUUGCGCCACUGUUCGCGCUUUACCGGCACACCCUGUACCCCGGAAAAGGAGCAGCAGUUACGAGACCAAAUCCACAACGAGUUGACGAAAAUUAAGUACUGCGCCAAUCCUACGUACGAAUGCAGCUUGAUGCGAAUUGAUGGCUACGAAUAUUGUAUUCGCCACAUAUUGCGUGAUCCGCGUGCCAACUACCGUCAGUGCACACAUGUGUUUGCCAAUGGUAGAAAGUGCAUCAAUGCUGUGCCCAAGUUCGACAACAAGAAGGAGCUGAUCUUGACCACACUCUGUUUUGAGCACAAUCGCCAGACGCAGCUUCAGAAGACCCAUCUAACCGUGGGUCGUAUCCGAAGUCGAGUUGAGACCAAUGAGACUCUGCUAAACAGUCUUUCGUCUCACAUUAAUGUGGAGGACAUAAGACCAGAGGCUCCCAAUCCUGAACCGGACGAAGAUGAAAUUGAUGUGGUAUCCCCACAUGUUACCCCUUUCGUAUCCGAAGAUUAUCGGAAUAAUAUUGGACACAUUGUGGACAGUACGCGAAAACGUCGUCGCAUUCUUGAUUAUGCAUCUGACAGUUCGAGUAACGAUGAGGACCCACCUUGUCUUAAGAACACGGCUCAAGACAUUGAGUUUUAUGAAUCUGACUAUGAGAGCAACGAUUCCGAAGAUGAUGAUCCACUGAAACAUGCUGGGGUCUUCACUCGUGCCGAAGCGGUUCGCAUUGCUGAAUCCAAAUUAAUUAAGCUUCAAGGCCUCUAUCGCGACGAGCUUUCACAGCUUCAGUAUGUUCUGAAGCAAAGGCGCCGCAAAUAUUUGCAUGACAUUCGUCGAGAACGGGAACUUUAUUGUAGUAUUCAUGACCAACUAAAGGAAACUCCUCGCGAAAGGAAAUUGUAUGAACAGCUGAAGGCCCUAAACAGCUAUCACCGUCGCCAGGGCGUGGAAUCUGUGCUUUAUAAGAAGCAAAAGGAGAAGCGUGCCAAAGACACCCUGUUUUCCUCCAAGUCGUCGAGCAACCCAAAGUGUGUCUUCACCGAAGGUGGGGUGAAGUGUGGGGAACGAACAUUGCCCUGUUGCAAGCACUGCCGUAAGCAUAUUCUCGAGGACAAGCGGCAAGUACUAUUUCGGGCCUGUGGCGUUGAGCGCAGUGGCGUUGUUUGCCAGGAGCCUGUGGCUAGCAUCCUGGAAGACUCGAGUUGUGUACUUCAUCUUGCUGUGCCGCCGGCUAAGCGCCAAUAUAUACAAAAGUUUUAUGAAACCCCAAGUACUCCACCGGUAGAAAGUAUUUUUGCUCCAGGCUGUGUUAUUGAUAAUUUCGAGCCCGCUGUUCCACAAAAUGAACAGCAACCACCGGGCGAUGAUCUGUUGGAUUUGGCAAGUAGCAUUUUCGAGUUCGAUUUCGAGGAUGCUGAAGAUUUAGCUAAUUCCCUCGACGAUGACUGUGCCAUGUUUCUCGAUAUGGACAGUGAUCUAGGACUAGCUCUUGACGAUCACAGCAUGGACGGUGAAAAUAUAGACUUAGGCAUUGAGAACGAUGGAGAGGAUGAACAUGAUAGCAACCAUGGAUCUGUCUCCGUUGACGAAAAUUUUGAUCAAGACAAUCUUCUCGCAAGUCAAAUGGUGUUAGACGAUUCCACAAUUCAAGACAAUUCUGAGGGAAACUUUGAAAUUGACGAAACAGACCCCAAUGUUAAUGACGUUUUGAAAUUGCUCGAGGACAUUGAACACUUGCCCUGGCUCGAUGCACUACUGAACUAAUCCAAAAUUUAAUAAAUGCGAGUCUGAAACAGAAGAUGAAGAAACACCGUCUACAAGUGUUAGCACAAUUAAGAAAAAGGAGGAACCCUCAGAAAGUU